UUUCAGAAUCUCUCGAAGCACCCGAGAUGUUGACGUCACUGUCAUCAUACGGACGCUUGCCAUGUGGACCUGAACUGCGCAACGUUAAGUUAAGAGUUUAAAAGGAUAAACUGAUCCUACAAGCAGUCAUGGGGAAGAACAACAAACAGAAGGGGAAGAAGCCUAUGAAUGUUUUCCAGGUGGCAAGCAAACAGUUCAAACCCAAAAGCAAAACAAAACCAGUCAAAACAUCUCUCAAACACAUCAACUCUCUGAAGAAAGAAAAGGUGGAGAACCUGAACGAGAUGUUCUCCGAGGUCCAGCGUGAUGUGAAGAGUAUCUCCAAAAAUGUCGCUCAGGAACCUAAAAAGCAAGCUCAGGUGGUGAGGAAGCCACCCAAGGAGGCAGUGAAUGUGGACAAUGCCGCAGAUCUUUUCUCCCAGUUGUAACUGGAUAAUACCGCCUUCUGGCAGUAAAUGGCAAACUGCUUCAUAAGUGAUAGACUUUGACAACCAUGUUAUUUCAGUAAUUGACCAGUCAGCCAGGCCUUCAGGUGGUGAUCAGCUGAUCUUCAGGUAUACCUGCCCAACCAUGCGCCCUCUGGUGGUCCGAACAUGUAAAUGUUCUAUGGACCAGAGGUUAAUGAUGCCUUUGCUGCAGGAGUGUCCUGUGCAUGUUAGGGCGGUUCACCAUGUCGUUCUAUUUGCUGAAGAAAAAAGUUAUACGUACAGGAAGAGGGUGUCAGAGAUAUUGUGUAAAACUUCCAUGAUUCUAAGUGCUGAGGUGAGACACUUCAUUCUGAGAUGAAGUGAAUAAUGUGCUGAUGCCGAAUUAGAUAUUUAAUAAAAAUGUCAAAUAGA